CGCGAGUGUGACACGCCUUAUCGUGUAUCGUCGUUCGAAUGAUCGUCAGCCUAAGCACGUCGGUGUCAUGCGCACAACGGUCCGCUGCGCCGACGCCCCCAAAUCCCACCUCCUCAAGCACCGCCUGGUCCCAACCCUUAGCUAAGCCUAACACACGCGCGUGACCCUUCCGUGCGCGUCGUCUGGUUCGAUCGCGCGCCGAGCUAAGCCUAAGCCCCAUCUGCAGCGCCUUGUUAGCAUGCCUUCGUUGGCCGACAGUGCCGCGGCUUCGUCGAGGGUUAGCACCACCACGCCACUACCCGUGGCCAGCCUCGGCCCUCCCGCGAGCGGUCCGCCGCUGUGUCUGCCGGACGAGAGCGUUCUCGAGAGCCUCGUCGCGGUGUUGGUGGCGGCGAUCAUUUUUCUGGCGGCGCUGGUGCUCGCCGUGCUCCUGUUCGCGUGCUCGUCGCAGCAGGCGAGGCGCGAGCCGCCGCGCUGCAGUCGCGACCACCAUCACCACCACCACCACUGCAAGAGACGUCGCCGCCGAACUUCUCAAGAGGUCCGCUCGCGGGCCAGGUACUGCUGCAGCGACGGUCACGACCUCCCGGAGGACGUCGAGCAGUACUGCGACGGUCGCGAGCAGAGUGCGACUCCCGUCGGCGGCGGGGCGCCUCGACGCUUCGAUUACGGCAGCAGCGGUCAGUCUUCUUCGCCCGACACCGCGGCCAGGAAGUCGCCGUACCACCCGGGGUACAACAGCCCGGCGACGGCUUCGAGGCCGUCGAGGCAACGCGAAGGAUACCGCAUGGCCAGGUACACGAGUAGCGGUGCGCACUCGGAUCUGGCUCCGGCCUUGCACUCUACAGAGAUGUUCCAAUCCAGUCUUUCACGUCAUCAGACUCGAGAGCGCCUUGCCGCGGCGCCGGCGGUCGGGACGGCGAGGCCCCCUAGCGGCGACACGAGCGACUCCUCGCGGCACAGCGGCCAAACCUGCGUCGAGACCGGCUCCGACACGCGCUCCCUCGAGUGGGACAACUUCCAGCCUCCCCUGGCCGCGGCUGCCGCACUCUGGCCAUCCUCCAGUGAACUGUGCACCGAGAACUCGCUCAGCAACGCGGCCACGGACGGCUCGCAACAGCAGCGACGACCACUGUUCGCUGAAAGCCAACACUGGGUGUGACGCCAGCGCCUAAAAGGCCGCUGGACGUCGCAGCGCACCGACCAUUUGUCGCUCUCUUCGCUCCUUCUAAUCUGAUCCUUCCCACACCCUCUCGCUCACACACAGACGCCCGCCUAAGUUAACGAUGAUAAGCACUGCAUCGCUCAUCCACCGUCUCAAUGCGUGUCCAAAUAAAGUGUCCCGACCAGAA